GGAUAGAAAUUAGAUAGUUUAGGGAAUACUACUCUAAUUUUAGCCUCUUCAUCGUCUUCGUCCCUGCUCCUGCCGUAUACCAAUUGCGUCGAUCAAGGACUGUAAAUCCAAUUUCACGAUGUCUUCUCCAAAAUUAUUCUCAUGAAUCCAAUUCCCUAGUUCCUCUUUGCUUUGAUUUAAAUUCUUUGCUCUCUCCCGAUGUCCGGAUCAACUCACGGGCAUCUCGACUCGUACCGGGCCAGUUAACGGGGUCAUAUAGCAGUUCCUCUUUUUUCUUCUACCCAAACCCUAGAACAGAUCUCCAAUGGCGGCAGUUUCGGUGGCGGCCGAGUGGCAGCUCCUCUACAACCGGUACUACCGUAAGCCCGAAAUCUACUCUAUGCAAUGGAAGAACAAGGUCGACCUCAGCCGCAACAAGGUCGCCUGCGCCCCGUUCGGCGGCCCGAUCGCCGUCAUCCGCGACGAUUCCAAGAUAGUCCAGCUCUACGCCGAGUCCGCCCUCCGUAAGCUCCGGAUCUUCAACUGCGCCGGCGUCCAGAUCGCCGAGACCGUCUGGAAAAACCCCGGUGGCCGGUUGAUCGGCAUGGCCUGGACCGACGACCAGAUCCUCGUUUGCGUAACUCAGGACGGGACGGUGUAUAGAUACAAUAUCCACGCGGAGGUGGUAGAAUCAAAUGUUUCGAUGGGUCAGGAGUGUUUUGAGCACAGUGUGGUGGAGUGUGUGUUUUGGGGGAAUGGGACCGUCUGUAUCAAUGAGGCUAAUCAGUUGUUCUGUAUCCAAGAUUUCAAGAACCCGAAUCCGAUUAAGCUGGCCAACCCGAAUCUGGAGGAGCUACCGCUGUGUAUGGCGGUGAUCGAGCCACAGUACACGAUGUCGGGGAAUGUGGAGGUGUUGCUCGCAGUGGAGGAUCAUGUUUUGCUUGUUGAGGAGGAUGGGGUUCAGCAGGUGGGCGCUGGGGUGGGUCCAUUGCAGAAAAUGGUGGUGUCGAGGAAUGGGAAGCUGUUGGCAUCCUUUACCCAUGAUGGGAGGCUUUUGGUGAUGUCUACUGACUUCUCCAAAAUCAUCUUUGAGAAUAGUUGUGAGACAGCCCUUCCUCCAGAGCAGUUAGCUUGGUGCGGAAUGGACAGUGUUUUACUGUACUGGGAUGAUAUGCUUUUGAUGGUCGGUCCUUAUGGUGACCCGGUGCGCUAUCUAUAUGAUGAGCCAAUUAUUCUCAUCCCAGAAUGUGAUGGAGUGAGGAUAUUAUCAAACACAAGUAUGGAGUUUCUACAACGGGUCCCUGAUUCCACUGUAUCUAUCUUCAAGAUUGGCAGCACAUUACCUGCAGCAUUGCUUUAUGAUGCCUUGGAUCAUUUUGAUAGACGGAGUGCCAAGGCCGAUGAAAAUUUGAGAUUGAUACGCUCAUCACUGCCUGAGGCUGUUGAAGCAUGCAUUGAUGCUGCGGGUCAUGAAUUUGAUGUCUCUCGACAGAGAACAUUACUAAGGGCUGCGAGCUACGGCCAAGCUUUUUCCAGCCACUUUCAGCGUGACCGCUUUCAAGAGAUGUCUAAAACUUUGCGGGUCUUAAAUGCUGUGCGCAACCAUGAUAUUGGCAUCCCUCUUAGUAUUCAGCAAUACAAGCUGCUAACACCAUCCGUUCUGGUUGGUCGUUUGAUAAAUGCCCAUCAACAUGUUCUAGCUCUUCGGAUAUCAGAGUACCUUGGUAUGAGCCAAGAAGUGGUGAUAAUGCACUGGGCAUGUGCAAAGAUAACAGCUUCUUUAGCAAUUCCUGAUGCCUCCCUCCUUGAAAUUUUACUUGAUAAGUUGAGAAUAUGCAAAGGCAUAUCUUAUGCAGCAGUUGCUGCGCAUGCAGAUAAGAGUGGCAGACGGAAAUUGGCUGCUAUGCUCAUUGAACAUGAACCGCGUUCUUCUAAGCAGGUUCCUCUACUGUUGAGCAUUGGAGAAGAAGAUACAGCUCUGACAAAGGCAACUGAAAGUGGUGACACUGACCUUGUUUAUCUUGUUCUGUUUCAUAUCUGGCAGAAGAGGCCAGCUUUGGAGUUAUUCGGAACGAUACAGGCUAGACCACUGGCGCGGGACUUGUUCAUAAGUUAUGCACGAUGCUAUAAACAUGAAUUUCUGAAGGACUUCUUUCUUUCAACUGGGCAGCUGCAAGAUGUCUCAUUUUUAUUAUGGAAAGAGUCAUGGGAACUAGCAAAAAAUCCGAUGGCAAGCAAAGGAUCUCCCCUUCAUGGUCCACGCAUUAAACUUAUUGAAAAAGCACAAAGUCUUUUUGCGGAGACGAAGGAACAUACAUUUGAGUCAAAGGCUGCUGAAGAGCAUGCGAAAUUGCUAAGAAUGCAACAUGAAUUAGAAGUGACGACAAAGCAACCCAUAUUUGUUGACUCAAGUAUUAGUGAUACCAUUCGCACAUGUAUUGUGCUGGGAAAUCAUCGAGCUGCAAUGAAAGUCAGAACAGAAUUCAAGGUUUCGGAAAAGAGAUGGUACUGGCUUAAAGUUUUUGCUUUGGCUACGAUCAGGGACUGGGAUGCCCUAGAAAAGUUUUCGAAGGAGAAAAGACCACCAAUUGGUUAUCGACCUUUUGUGGAGGCAUGCGUUGACGCAGAUGAGAAAGGCGAAGCUUUGAAAUAUAUCCCAAAACUAGCAGAUCCAAGGGAGAGAGCAGAGGCUUACGCUCGAAUUGGCAUGGCCAAAGAAGCGGCGGAUGCUGCAUCUCAAGCCAAAGAUGGUGAAUUGCUCGGUAGAUUGAAGUUAAGUUUUGCACAAAAUGCAGCAGCUUCGUCCAUAUUCGAUACACUUAAAGACCGGUUGUCGUUUCAAGGCAUUUCAUAACCUUUGCUCUCUCCAUUAUUUUCCUUGUGAGCUUUUCUGGUGUGUUGCGUUGAGCUUGCUGAUGUUGUAUGUUCAGUUUCAUUGGUGUUUUCGAAUUGUCAAAGACGGGAAAAACUAGUGGGUAAAGGGAAGGAAAAAGCAUGUAUUCUGUUUUGGUGUAUAUAUAAGCUUUAGUUUACAUUUCUUGGGAUAACUUGCAAUUGACUCCAGAGUUUAAUGCAAGUAACAAAUUGAACCCUUGCGAUUGAAUGA